UUUUUUUUUUAUUUUAUUCCCACCAGGUUUGUCAACAACAUGGGACCCAGAAACAAAACAGGAGUUUCAGAAUUCCUUCUUAUGGAAGUGACAGAGGAUCCAGAACUGCAGCCCCUCUUCUUCAUUCUGUUCCUGUCCAUAUACCUCGUUACCAUCCUGGGAAACCUGCUCAUCGUCCUGGCCGUCAUCUCUGACCCCCACCUCCACACCCCCAUGUAUUUCUUUCUCUACAACCUGUCCUUGACUGACAUCGGUUUCAGCACCACCACAAUCCCAAAGAUGCUGGUGAACAUCCAAGCACAGAAUCAGAGCAUCACUUAUACAGGCUGCCUUACACAGAUCUACUUUGUCCUGGUGUUUGCUAGUUUGGAAAGUUUUCUCCUUGCAGUAAUGGCCUAUGACCGCUAUGUGGCCAUUUGUCAUCCACUGAGGUACACGGUUAUCAUGAACUCCCGUCUCUGUUUGUUUUUGAUUCUUCUUUCCCCGUUUAUUAGCAUUGUGGAUGCCCUGCUCCACAGUCUGAUGGUGUUGCAGCUGACCUUUUGCACAAACCUGGAAAUCCCCCUCUUUUUCUGUGAAGUUGUUCAGGUUAUCAAGCUUGCAUGUUCUGAUACCCUCAUCAACAAUAUCUUGAUAUAUUUGGCAACUAGCAUAUUUGGUGGUAUUCCUGUGUGUGGAGUCAUUUUCUCUUAUACUCAAAUAGUGUCCUCUGUUUUGAGAAUGCCAUCAGCGGGUGGAAAGUAUAAAGCUUUUUCCACCUGUGGGUCUCACCUCUCAGUCGUGUCCUUAUUCUAUGGGGCAGGCUUGGGGGUAUAUAUUAGUUCUGCUCUUACUAAUUCUUCCAGAAAGACUGCAGUGGCUUCGGUGAUUUACACUGUUGUCCCUCAAAUGAUGAACCCCUUCAUCUAUAGUCUGAGGAACAGGGACAUGAAAGGUGCCUUGAGAAAACUCAUCAGUAAGAUACCACUGGCUUUUCAGGAGUAUGUUAUUUAA